UUGUUGUCAAUUAUUGUUUUUUUGAGGCGUCGUUUUUGGCUGGAAUUUGGAAUGUUUAUUAAAUAAAUAGUGUGCUAUGUAUCUCUAAUUAAAUUAUUAAUUACACUACGCUGGGAUAUUCACACCGUAGAUUACGAUGAAGUUAAAGAAACUUAAAACAGACGCUGAGGAGGUGUCGCCGCCCGCUCCUCAGGCAGAAAUCAUCGAGGCAGACUUAUACAAGCGCUCAUACUUUGGGCCUGAUGUCCCAACCCUAGAGCUAGAAUGCUGGGAAGAGGAACUCUCAGAAGCGCAGUUGAAGGCAUACAAACAUGCUGAUGAUGAAUAUAAUAGCAUUCAGAAUAAGCUGGAUGAUAUGGUGAAGGACACAGGUGGACAGAUUGUUUACAAUGGCAACCAGUUUACCGCUUAUCAACUGCUUGGGAAACAACCAGUGCUCAAAGAUUUGGAAAGGCAAAGUGCAGACAUCAUCAGAUCUCGAUCACGGUCCCUCUCUGUGGCCAAGGAUAAUAAAGAAAAUACAAGAGGCAAAAGAGGUCGAUCAAAAAGAUACAAUGAAAAUGAUCGUGAUUACUCCCCAUCACCGGAAAGAGUCAAGACUCCGGAGACUCGCCACAAGAAGAAGAAGAAAGACAAAGACCGCAAGAAGGAUGAUAAAAAGAAAGAUGAUGAGCCCAAAGACACCAAGACUAAAGACAAAACUUUGGCACCUUCUAACGUGCAUAGUGUAGUCACGAACGUGCGUCCGUCGGAAGCGACGGCGGUGGGCGGGCUGCUGACUGGCAGUGCGACCAAACCCACAACUAUUGUGGAUUUGACCAAGGAGGACCAAAGCAACAAGAACAUCGCCGACUCGCGAGAAGUGUCGUUCAACAAGUUGCAAGGCAAAACAUUCCCAUCCCUCGUGGUAGUGGCGCGUCCAUACCUGCGCUCAAAGGAGGCGCCACCGCCGUCUGACCGCGCGGCUCUGGAUGCCAAAGUGAAGUCCGUGCUCAUACAUACUCCAAUGAAGUUCACCGAGUGGCUCAUACAGCAGGGCCUGGUGCGGUCUGAGCAGUGGUGCGCUAUACACGCCGGGAACAAGCUCAAACUGGGCAUGUACUCUGACGUAUCAAAGUUCCCUUACUCAGGCGGCUAUGUAUGGAUAUCCGAAUGCUGUCCCACGCGUUUCGUCUCCGUAUUCUCCAGCUCCAUAUUUGAAGGAGCAACGUUCCCUCCAAGUGUUAUACUAAAGCUCAUAUACCAUUGGGCGUGUCAGACCAACGUGCAAAACGUCGUUCAGUGGGUCAAAGUGGAUAACUUGUACGUUAAAGGGUUGUUUACAUGGUUAAGAGCGGUUUGCACAUCUGCUAUACAUCACCAUAUGGGGCUAUUAGGUGGUUCGGGCAAGAAGAUUGAGGUUGGAGUGAUAUCGCUGGGUACUACAAGCCAUGAUGGCACGCAAAGACAAGUUAAAGUUGAAGUGUUAGGCAUUUUGGACCCUGUUGAGAAAGUUAUUCGUCUCCGCGCAGUGGAACCCCUAGCGGAAUACGAGAAAAACUACAAGAAACGAUUCCAGAAGAUUCUUGAACCCCUAACGGGCUGGGUACACCCAUCCUCCACUAUACUCACUGACUUGACCGUUGACAAGGGAACCCUGGUUUCCAUGGGCUUUAAGACUGUUCAGCAAUCGUCUUCACACUCCGACCAGCCGGCCAAGCAUAGCAAUGCCAAUAUAAUGGAGUACUUGAGAAGAAUAGUGCCUAGAAUGUUCCAGAAUACUCUAUCGCUUCUCUCGAGGCAGAUUAUACAACAGUUUUUGGAUGAACUUGUUUGGAGAGAAAAAUUCGGAAUAUCGCCUGGGCAAGCAUUCGACAACAUAGUUUCCCAUAUCGCUGAACAAACUAAACUAGAUGCGAAGGAUCCCAUAACAAUACGACUUAACAAGAUCGCUUCAAAUCCAUUCAAGAGCUGGAAGUAUCCGAGCAAGAAAAAUAAAAAUGAAGAACCGCCCGAGCCCGAGGCUCGUGGGAAACGCAACCGCAAGAAGAAGGAACCUUCACCGCCGCCGCCGCCGCCCAAGAAGAGGAAGAAGGAGAAGAUUGAAAAGACAACGUAUACCACCACCAUAGACGACGACGAGGACGAGGAGGUACCACUGGCACUUCGUCGCACCAAAAUCAAGCAAGAGAAGAAGACUGAGAAGGAUCCAGAGCCGUCGGCGCCGACCCCGCCGCCCGCGCGCUCUCGCCGCAAGCCCGCCAAGACUUACGUCGAAGACGACGCGGACUUGGACGACGUGCCGCUCAAAAACAUCAAAAAAGAAAUCAAACCUGAAGAAACUGUGUCCUUGGAGAGGUUCUACUAUGGACAGACGAAGGAAAAUGACGUGGACAACUUUGCUAUUGCUGUUUUGUGUCCCAUCUGCCACGAGGAGUUCAACGAGAGUCUGCUCCUCACGGAGCAUAUCUUCAAACACUUAGUGAGCCCACCAGCGGGCGCCUCGGACGAUGCGCCUCAGUGCCGCUACUGCCUCGCGCGCUUCAUUACGCACGAGGAGCUGACGAGGCACUUGAACCAGACCCACCCUAUCGGCACCAAGGCGCCCGACGUCUUCACUUACGCCUGCCUCAUUUGUGAAGUUCGUUUCGCAGCCGUGCUGACUCUGGCAACGCACAUGCAGAAGACGCACGCGCCGCGCGAGUUGCCGUACGCAUGUGGUGCGUGCCCGUACCGCAGCUCCGCACACCGCGCCACGGUGGACCACCAGCGCCGCUGCCACCGCCGCGCCACCGCGCUCUGCUGCCCGCACUGCUUCAAGGUGAUCCCGGUAUACGCGGAGGGCUAUGAGCUCACAACGAAUGUCCUCCUGUACAUCGACCAUCUCAAACUGCACCAGGACAAGGAGCUCGAGGUCAAAUGCAACCGCUGCGUGCUCAAGUUCGUGCAUCUUGGACAACUAAAAGAGCAUCAGAUUCGCGAUCACAACUCUGUGGAAGACGCUAAACCAUUGUGUUCCGAGGAGCACUUGAUCAACCAGCCUAAAAACAAAGCGCGUCCGCCAGUAAAGGACUCAACGAAUCACAACAUCAGUGAAACAUAUGAGGGGCUGACACUAGUGCUGCCCGACGGCGCCGUCUGCCGCGAGUGCGACACGCCGCUGGACAGCGACAAACAUUUCCUGGGUCGCACAACUUGCAGCAAAUGCAGCUACGCGACGUCGUGCUACCGCGGCAUGCUGCGCCACAGCGGCUACUGCGCGGGCCCGCACUCGCUGGAGACGGCGCCGCGGCGCGCGCACACCCGCCUCUACUGCGUGUGCGGAUACGCUACUGACAUAGGAACGGACAUGCUGUCUCACUUGCUGGUGACGGGGCACACUAGCGCUUAUUCAUCCGAGGAGGAGGCGCGCGCCAACACGGUGGGCGGCGAGCCCGCGCCCAACAAGACUCCCGACGAUAAUGUCGACGCGCCCAUGGAGUCGAUGCCCUCAGCCAUAUCGGACUAUGCGCCGCCUUCGGUCAUCAACACGCAGCUGUCGCUAGACGACCUCGCGCCGCCCUCCGUCCUGCAAUCUGAUCAGCAUGACCAAGAGCUGCUGAAAGACGCAUACGACAGACCGUUGGCCACGCCCCGCCACGAGGAGCCGCACUACACGCUCGGCGACUUCGAACCGCUGCCACAGGAACCUCCGCCACAGCCCGACUUCGAACAGCUUUAGAUUUUAAAUCAACUAUUGUAUUUUUAAACAGGCUACAAACAUGCUAUAAACACUACAUUUUUGUGUAAAUCUUGCAGACAAUUUAGAUUUAGACAACCAAUGGGCUAAUAUAUUAGGUUACAGGUUUCGGUUAGUAAAUAAGAUUAUAUUUUAACUUUAUGGAAUUAUGUUGGAUAAGAUAA